UCAAUGAAGGUGCCAGAGUCAGUACGGUAAUGCACUGCCCGCGAGGAAGGUGCGCCGCCCUGUAAACGCUUGCAAGUCCGUCGACGCGUCGAAGUGGUGGAAAGGGCACACAAAGACAACACAAUUUGCACACGAGACGGUGGGAUUCGGUUGAUAAGAAGAACCUCAGAGUCGGAAUCUCUGCUUACCGGUUUGUCAGCGUGAAGGAGAGCCGCCAAUUCUCCCGAGAGCCCCAAGCUCACGAGCAGCAAGGAGGAAGGGGAGUUGUAUUUACAUACACCCCGUUCGGUUGGUGGCUUUGGGGGGGUUGGUUGUUGUUGCUGCUGCUGAUGGUGUGGUUGAAACAAAACCAUCGGUUCGCACCCCGAACCGAUCCCAGUACGUCGGAAGUGUACGAGCUGAACGGGUGGACGACACAGCCACCCCAGACCACACCGUGUGUGCGAGCGCGCGCGCACCGAUCGUGUCUCCGUGAGAUCGCGUCCAUCUUUGCACCAACCAACGCGCGCUGCACCGUGUGCGCUACACGUGAUCGAGGGGCGCCCACGGACUGCCAAAUCGAUUGAACAUAAAUCAGCUGUUCAGGUUUGCGUCACAGAAGCUCCCGUGCUACCAUUGAUUCUUCACGUGCAAGUGAAUGCAAAAACAAGCGAUUGUGUGUGUGCCCAUUGAGUGUGUCCAGUGAUCUGUGAUAAUAGCGUAGGACACGCCCGGUCCAAUAACAAGCAACCUGGAUUGGCGACAGAUUCUCGCUGGAGGUGUCUGGAACGAGAAUCUGGGCGCGUGCUACUCGCGUGACCCAAAGUAGGACCACUUGAGGGCUCCGAAACUCCACACGAGCAGCCCCUUGUGCCACUCGACAGCCCCCUGCAUUGUGUGUGUCCCUGGGUCACCACACUUAGGCCACUGAUAUAGUGCAGAAACGGAAUUUGUUAAGCGACAUUUGGCGUCUAGCAGCCAGGGAGAACGAUUUCUCCCAAAAAAGAAACUGAAGAAUUGGAAAGUGAAAAUAAGCGGCCAGCAGGGCGUGAACUACCGUCUCUGCCGCGUGUGUUGUGAGAGUGUCUGAAAGAGUUGCUAGGAGCUACCCAAGUGCAAAGAUGCCGGAAAAUCGUGAUCGAUCCAACCAUGUGCUCGUGUGGGAGCAGGCAGAAAUGGCCACGGACGAGGGCGUCUUACCGGCAAAGCGGUUCGGUACGCGACAUUACAUCGUGUUCAUGCUGUUCCUCGGCAUGGCCAAUGCGUACGUGAUGCGCACGAACAUGUCGGUCGCCAUCGUGGCGAUGGUGAACCAGACGGCGAUCGAGAAGGAUGCGGAAGUGUUCGACGACGAGUGCCCGGACACGGACUACGGCGAGGAUACGCACGAUUCCGGGCAGGACGGCGAGUUCAUCUGGAGCACCAGCAUGCAGGGCUACAUCCUGUCGUCCUUCUUCUACGGCUACGUCAUCACGCAGAUCCCGUUCGGGCUGCUGGCCAAGCGGUACGGCGCGAUGCGCUUCCUGGGCUGGGGCAUGCUGAUCAACUCGGUGUUUGCGUUCGUGGUGCCGGUCGCCGCCCGACAGGGCGGUGCUGGCUGGCUGAUCGCCGUCCGCUUCAUCCAGGGGCUGGGCGAGGGUCCGAUUGUGCCCUGUACGCAUGCCAUGCUGGCGAAGUGGAUUCCACCGAACGAGCGGUCGCGCGUCGGAUCGAUCGUGUACUCGGGCGCACAGUUCGGCACGGUGAUAUCGAUGCCACUGUCCGGGCUGCUGGCGGACCACGGCUUUGACGGCGGUUGGCCGUCGAUCUUCUACGUGUUCGGUAUCAUCGGCACGGUCUGGUCGAUCGCGUUCCUGCUGACCUGCCACGAGGAUCCGGUGACGCAUCCGCGCAUCCGGGAGGACGAGAAGAAGUACAUCCAGCAGUCGCUGUGGGGCAACGCGUCCGUGCACAUUCCACCGAUUCCGUGGACGAGCAUCGCCAAGUCGCUGCCGUUCUACGCGAUCCUGCUGGCGCAUUUGGGCCAGAACUAUGGCUACGAGACGCUGAUGACGGAGCUGCCCACCUACAUGAAGCAGGUGCUGCGGUUCUCCAUCAAGACGAACGGUGUCCUUUCGGCCCUGCCCUACCUGGCGAUGUGGCUGUUCUCGAUCGUGGUCGGCUGGGUCGCCGACUGGAUGCUGACGUCCGGUCGCGUCAACCACACCUGGACGCGCAAGAUCUCCAACAGCAUCGGCCAGUACGGUCCGGCGAUCGCGCUCAUCAUCGCGUCCUACACCGGCUGCAGCCGGGCGCUCACCGUCGCCAUCCUGACGGUCGGCGUCGGGCUGAACGGUGGCAUCUACGCCGGCUUCAAGAUCAACCAUCUGGACAUUACGCCCCGGUACGCGGGCGUACUGAUGGCGUUCACCAACUGCUCCGCCAAUCUGGCCGGUCUGCUGGCGCCGAUCGCGGCCGGCAACAUCAUCGAGGGCAAACCGACCAUCGCCCAGUGGCGCAUCGUGUUCGUGAUAGCCGCGUGCGUCUACCUGUUUACGGCCACGUUCUACAACGUGUUUGCGUCGGGCGCCCGCCAAUUCUGGGACGACCCGGAGAACGACGAACCGCAGAAGCCCUCGAUCGAGGCACCAUCGCACAGCGAGGCGAACGGUAACAAUGGUACGACCCUAACGCAUCGGACGGUGAACGAGCAGACGUCGUAGGUUUGAGCAUCGUCGCUAAGCGGAAACAUAUCCAACCGCGCGAGUGAGAGUGGGAGGGAAUUAUGAAACAUAUCAGGUCCGCUUGCGGGUCAUAUCAGUUAGGGAAGUGCAGAGCAAUAGUGCAGUAACAGUUGUAUUUAUAAGCGGGAAAAAACGAAUAUUUCUUGAUAAUGUAACGUACAUUUAAUGUAAGCUGGACUUUCGUAGUCAUUUCUUCCUUCUGUUUUUUUUGGUUCGCCACCGCCAAUUACUGGCGGGUCGAAGUAGUAUUGUUUUUCGUGUGUUUUGCUCCCUAUUUUUGCUUUCGCGUUUUUGAGCUGCAAUUGGAUUCUCUAUUUGAUACACAAAUUGAGUUGUUAUUUUGUUAUUUUUUCCAUUUUUUCUCCGCUCAAACAAUUGCUGUUGAGUGUUGUACAUUUCUUCUCUUUCCUUUGUUAACUAUCUAUUUCUCUUUUUCUUUCCCUUACUGUUUGUUGUAUUUUGUUCUGUUCCUUCUACAAUCUUUCAAGCUUUUUCGUUUUUUUCCCUUUUCCUUUCGCUGCGUGCAAUAGGUGUAGCCUUGUACCUACGUCGAUAUUGAUAUUUGAUUGUUAAUCGCUAACCCAUAUGCACGCUCACACCGCUCCGUGUGCGAGCGUGCUGUACAUAGUAGGCCCCUAGCGACUAAUUCGAGAACACACUACCACUACUAGGCCAUAAAGCAGUCCGGCGACAUUGAAAUCCCGAUUCCCGAUUCCGAUGCCGGUACCAACAAUGAAAAGGGGUUGUGAUGCGGGUUUCUGGCAGGCGUUGGCAAUUUGAAAACAGGGCCCCAAAUUAGUUGCGACCGAGAAUGUGAGAAUGUGCAAGAACGAGCGAUGAGUGUGUGCGCGAACGGGAGUGUAAGUGCGUGUGAGUGCGACCCUCAUUAAUGUUAAAUCAAUGCUAAAUGCUCUGCUCCUGGAAGCAGGUGCCACGGGGCGCCCCAGCGCAUUCUAACCCCCUCGUGCAAAAAAAAACGCAACAAGAUGAUAAUAAAAAGAUACACGAUAAUGUUGAUAAUGUUGCUGUAAUGCGCAACCGGCAAAAGCUA